CCGCGUUUCUUCUUUAGUUUCUCUAUCCCAAUCAUCUCUCUUUUUAUCUGUCUCCCACAGAUCUUUAUAUAUCAGCUUCAAGAUCUCUUUGACAACAACACAGAAACACCUCAACGAGAGCCACAACAAAUCCGUCUUCUUCUUCCUCCUGCAUUGUUUUGGGGUCUUUGGUGGCGUUGAGACGUCAAAAUGUCUAGCGUAGAUGAUUUGAAAGAGCAACCAGUAGAAGGAAACCUCAACAACGAGGCAGAAAAGUCAAUGCCAUCAUUAGCGCAGGAGGAAGCUGUUGUAAAGCAGAAGUAUGGAGGGCUUAUGCCAAAGAAACCACCUCUCAUUUCCAAGGAUCAUGAGCGAGCAUACUUUGACUCAGCUGAUUGGGCUCUUGGAAAGCAAGGUGUUGCGAAGCCAAAGGGACCCCUCGAAGCUCUUCGUCCCAAGUUGCAGCCAACGCAGCAACAAACGCGAUACAGGAAGUCUCCAUGUGCUCCAUCUGAAGGCGGUGAAGAUGGAGGAGCUGCUCAGGCCGAAGGAGUUUCCGGCAACGAGGAGUAGAGAGAUCUGAGGGAGAGAGAGAGAGAGAGAGAGAGAGAGAGGGAGAGAUAUGGAAACUCUUGUGUAAGAACUCUGUUAUAAUCGGAUAUUUUAUGUCCAUUUGAAACAACAGAUGUUGUUUUCAUUAAAUCUCAACUUAAUCGCAUAGCAUCUCCAAGUUCAAAUUAUA